GGGUCUUGAGUGACCUUGUACCUUGACGGUGAGCGCGCGGGAGCGUUCCUAAGUGGCCGCCGGUGCACCUCGCAGACUGCUCCUGCGGGAGAGGCCCUACAGCCUAUGGAGUUUGGCUUAUUCAUAUUCAAAUUGGUGCUAUUCGAGAACAGAUUUCAUAGUUGGAAGAGUUUGUAUCCCGGCAACACGCCGUGCACGGGAAGCGAGGAGGCAUCUGAUCCGUGUGAAGCCAUUCCUAGAGUGUUAAUGUACCGAGGUGAGGCUCUAGAAGAUUUUAUAGGCCCAGAUUGUCGUUUCGUGAGUUUUAAAAAAGGUGAUGCUGUGUAUGUCUACUAUAAACUGGCAGGGAGACCGCCUGAAGUUUGGGCCGGAAGUGUUGGGCGUAUUUUUGGAUAUUUUCCAAAGGAUUUAAUACAAGUAGUCCAUGAAUAUACUAAAGAGGAGCUACAGGUUCCAACAGAUGAGACAGAUUUUGUUUGUUUUGAUGGGGGAAGAGAUGAUUUUGAUAAUUAUAAUGUAGAAGAACUUUUAGGAUUUUUGGAAUUACACAAUUCUGCAACUGAAGAGUCUGAGAAAGCCAUAGAAGAAACUCAGUAUGAGGAGGACACCCCUCCUGAAGUAUUGGAGGAAAGCGACCUCGAACUAGAACCAGUAGAAGUUAACUCAGAGGAGAGUGAAAGUGUAGCCUCAGAAAACACUAAGGAACUCAAGGAAAGAUCUGGGGCUCAGAAGAACCACCCGCAUGUAAACAGUCCAGCAGAUCAUGCUCAGGGAGAUCCAUCUUCAUUUGAACCUUUUGAGGAAAUGCUACAAGAUAAACUAAAAGUGCCAGAGAGUGAAAACAACAAAACCAGCAAUGGUUCUCAGGUCUCGAAUGAACAGCAGACAAUUGAUGCUUAUAAACUUUUGAAAAAAGAAAUGACCCUGGACUUAAAAACCAAAUUUGGCUCCACUGCUGAUGCACUUGUAUCUGAUGAUGAGACAACCAGACUUGUUACUUCAUUAGAAGAUGAUUUUGAUGAGGAAUUGGAUGCUGAGUAUCACAUAGUUGGCAAGGACGAAGAAGAGAAUGAAGACAACUUUGACGAGCUGCCGUUACUGACCUUCGCACAUGGUGGAGAAGAUGUGAAAACUCCAGUGAAGUCCGGAGUUGAGAAAUACUCAGCAGAGAGCGAGCAGAGUUCAAAUGAAGAGGAUAAGGUUGAGGCACCUCAGCCCCCUGGCAUCAAAAACUAUGAUAAAGAUAUAUUAACAACCUGGGAGGAUACUGUCUUCUUCACAGAAGAUGACAGCGUAACAAGUAUGGAUUUGGGGAGUUCUGAAUCACAGGAAGGCAAGGAAGGUGAUGAUGCGUUCAUCCCAGAGAGCAAAUGGAGGAAACCACGGUCAGCAGCGGAUUACAUUGACCCUAAGAAGGCAGAAGAUGGUCUUUUGCCUACAGCUAACGAUGUAGGUACUAAAACAGAUAACGACGAAGACCUGGAAAUUCACAUUGCAGGAAAAGGGAGGGGAGCCAAGGAACCCAAGCCGGGCCUGGCACAGGCCGAGAUGGGGCCGGAGGAGGAGAAGCAGGAAGGCAUGACCACACACGGUUCUACUCAUAGUGGUGACCUCGGCUCUUUGCCAUCUACUGGAAAGGGUAAAGAAAUGUUGGAAUCAGCAUUUGAUAACAAAGAAGAUGACCUAAAAGGAGCGGCUAUUCAUAUUUCAAAAGGAAUGCUCCAUGAAGAAAAGCCCGGAGAGCAGAUUUCAGAAGGGGGCUCGGAGCGUGAACCCCUCCCUCAAGCCACAGGGGGUCAAGUGAACGAAGAAAAGCCUGACCAGGAGUCUGUGGGUAUCGCAGCACCCUCUGGGGGUGGUCAGCAUAAUGCCUCCAGGGACCGUGUGGAAGACGUCCACGCUUUAGCAGGAUUGAAACCACAUACACCGUCAGUGGAGCAUCCAAAGGAGGAAUUUAGAGAGGAACGGCUUCUUAAAACUCAGAAUCAACCUAGGCCCUCCCCUCUGGAUGGAGUUGGUUUGCCAGGAGAACUGAAAGAAGAGGGUCCCAUUUGGGGAAGAAAUCUUUCCUGGCCGCAAGGAGGAGAAGUGGCUGCUGCACAUAGUAAGCAGAUGGAUGAGAAGGGGAGGCUUGCCGAGGAGGAGGUCAGAGAGGACUCCUCAGCUGAAGAGUUAGCUCCUCAACAGCCCAAGGCGGGCUCCCAGGAAGUGGAGCCCACAGGCCGGCCAGGUAGCCCGGAAGUGCCAGGUGUCCAUACUGAGAAACCAGAGGCAGAAGACGAUCACAGCCCUGAAGAACUCCUGGAGGAUGAAAAUGCUCUCAGCGCAAAACAGGCUAAAGAAAAAAGCCCCGGGAUUCAGGGCAGGUGGUUAGACGUUAACCUGCAGUCCCCCUCAAGAGCUCCUUUAGGUGUGGUUAAUACCGAUGCAGAAAUGGAAGGAAACAAAGAAGAAGCUAGUACUAUUUUGGAAAUAGAAAGAAAAGGUGAAACUUUUGGCAAAGAGGUAGAGCCAGGGGGCAGGGGCAGGGAAGCAGGUAGUGGGGUGGUGGAAACAGAAAGCCCUCUUGCAGGUGCAAAAGCACAGAUGGCAUCUGGAGGAAGUGACUCUCCUGACAAGAAAAAUCGGACUCCGGGGUUAGGUGAAAUGUUUCAGAAUCAAGACUCUGAUUAUUUUAAAGAAGACAGCGCUGAGAAAUCUGCACAGAAGCCUGGGGUAGAAGAACUCUCUGAAGAGGACCAGGACUUUGAGAGACCCGCGGACACACAGAGCCAGGGGCCUGCCCCCGAGGAGCAGGAAGGUGGCCCGCUGCACGGGACGCCACCCACGGUGGUGAGGCCAAUGCGUAGCGACUACGUGAAGGACUUGCCCAUAAUUGGCAGCUUCUUUAAAGAACAACAGUCUCUGCAGAGGUUCCAGAAGUACUUCGAUGUCCACGAGCUGGAAGCCAUGUUCCACGAAAUGUCAUUAAAGCUGAAGUUGGCGCAGCAGGAGAGCCUGCCUUAUAACGUGGAGAAAGUCCUAGAUAAGGUCUUCCGUGCAUCUGAGUCACAGAUUCUGAGCACAGCAGAGAAAAUGCUUGAUACCCGUGUGGCUGAAAACAGAGAUCUGGGAAUGAUGGAAAGUAACAUAUUUGAGGAGGCAGCCGUACUAGACGAUAUUCAAGACCUGAUCUAUUUUGUCAGGUACAGACACUCCACCAUGGAGGAGACUGCCCCGCUGGCCACGGGACAGCCCCCCCAGGAAGGCUGGGGUGGCACGUUGGAAGGGAUGCAGCCACACCUUGAAGAUAAUUUCCCACAAGGUCACACCAAAGAUAAUUUCCCACAAGACCACAUAGAAGACAGUUUCCCACAAGAUCACACAGAAGACAGUUUCCCACAAGAUCACACAGAAGACAAUUUCCCACAAGAUCACACAGAAGACCUUCAAAUACAGAUUCUCAAAGAGCCCAGCCAGUUGGAUCAACCUGUGGUUGGUGACAUGGGUGCCUCAGAAGUGUCACAGCAGCCAAAUACUGAGAAAGAUGGAGACCCAGGGAUAAUUACAACAGAAAGCAGUCCUGUUGAUGCUGAUGAUGCAAAAAAGCAACUACAAACCAAUGCUGAAGAGCCCGCAAGCGUCACACCUUUGGAAAAUGCAAUUCUUUUAAUAUAUUCAUUCAUAUUUUAUUUAACUAAGACGUUAGUUGCUACAUUGCCUGAUGACGUUCAGCCUGGGCCUGAUUUUUAUGGCUUGCCAUGGAAGCCUGUACUUCUCACUGCCUUCUUGGGAAUUGGUUCAUUUGCGGUCUUCUUCUGGAAAACUGUCCUUGUUGUAAAGAGUAGAGUCUAUCAAGUCACUGAACAACAAAUUUCUGAGAAGUUGAAGAACAUCAUGAAAGAAAAUGCAGAACUUGUACAAAAAUUGUCAAAUUAUGAACAGAAGAUUAAGGAAUCAAAAAAACAUGUUCAAGAAACCAAGAAACAAAAUAUAAUUCUGUCUGAUGAAGCAAUUAAAUUUAAGGAUAAAAUCAAGAAACUUGAAGAAACAAAUGAAAUUCUGGACGAUACAGCUAAAAAUCUGCGUGUUAUGUUAGAAUCUGAGAGAGAACAGAAUGCCAAGAAUCAGGACUUGAUACUGGAAAACAAGAAAUCUAUAGAGAAGCUGAAAGAUGUUAUUUCAGUGAAUGCCUCAGAAUUUUCAGAGGUUCAAAUUGCCCUUAAUGAAGCUAAACUUAGUGAAGAGAAGGUGAAGUCUGAAUGCCAUCGAGUUCAAGAAGAAAAUGCUAGGCUUAAGAAGAAGAAGGAACAGUUGCAGCAAGAAAUCAAAGAUUGGAGCAAAUCACACGCUGAGCUCAGUGAGCAAAUCAAAUCAUUUGAGACAUCUCAGAAAAAUUUGGAAGUAGCUCUUACUCACAAAGAUGAUAAUAUUAAUGCUUUGACUAAUUGCAUUACCCAGUUGAAUCGGUUAGAUUGUGAAUCUGAAUCUGAGGAUCAGAGUAAAGGAGGAAGUGAGUUAGAUGAGUUAGCAAAUGGAGAAGUAGGAGGUGACCGGAGUGAGAAAAUGAAAAAUCAGAUUAAGCAGAUGAUGGACAUUUCUCGGACACAAACUGCAAUAUCGGUAGUUGAAGAGGAUCUAAAACUUCUGCAGAUUAAGCUUAGAGCCUCAAUGUCUACUAAAUGCAACCUGGAAGACCAAAUAAAGAAAUUAGAAGAUGACCGUGAUUCACUGCAGUCUGCCAAAGCCGGCCUGGAGGACGAAUGCAAAACCCUGAGGCAAAAAGUGGAGAUUCUGAACGAACUCUAUCAACAGAAGGAAAUGGCUCUGCAAAAGAAACUGAGUCAGGAAGAGUAUGAGCGGCAGGAGAGAGAGCAGCGGCUGUCAGCUGCAGACGAGAAGGCGCUUCUGGCUGCGGAGGAAGUAAAAACGUACAAGCGUAGAAUCGAAGAGAUGGAGGAUGAGUUGCAGAAGACAGAGCGCUCGUUUAAAAACCAGAUUGCGACUCAUGAGAAGAAAGCUCAUGAUAACUGGCUCAAAGCUCGUGCUGCAGAAAGAGCUAUAGCCGAGGAGAAGAGGGAAGCUGCCAACUUGAGACACAAGUUACUGGAAUUAACCCAGAAGAUGGCAAUGCUGCAAGAGGAGCCUGUGAUUGUGAAGCCGAGGCCGGGCCGACCCAGCGCCCAGAACCCUCCGUGGAGAGGUCCUUUGAGCCAGAACGGCUCUUUUGGUCCAUCCCCUGUGAGUGGGGGGGAGUGCUCCCCACCUCCCACGGCUGACCUGCCUGCGAGACCGCUCUCUGCUACGCUGAAUCGAAGAGAGAUGCCUAGAGGUGAAUUUGGGUCAGUGGACGGGCCUCUACCUCGUCCUCGUUGGUCAUCUGAGGCAUCUGGGAAACCCUCUGCCUCUGAUCUGGGAUCUGGUGCAGCUCCCACGAUGAACAGCAGCUCGAGAAGCUCUUCCCCUACCAAGGUGACGGAUGAAGGCAAGCAAACUGUUCCCCAAGACCCCGAAGGCCCUUCAGUUCCCAGCAGUUCACCUGUGGCUGAGCAGUCGGUAGUAGUUCCUAUGGCUGCAAAAGGGCCGCCUCCUUUCCCAGGGGUGCCCCUCAUGGGCUCCCCCGUGGGCGGCCCUCUACCACCACCCAUUCGCUACGGACCACCCCCUCAACUUUGCGGGCCUUUCGGGCCUCGGCCGCUUCCUCCACCAUUUGGUCCUGCUUUACGUCCACCACUAGGCUUAAGAGAAUACGCACCAGGCAUUCCACCUGGAAAACGGGACCUGUCUCUUGAUCCUCGAGAAUUUUUACCGGGACAUGCACCUUUUAGACCUUUAGGCUCUUUUGGCCCAAGAGAGUACUUUAUUCCCGGUACCCGACUACCACCCCCUGCCCAUGGUCCCCAGGAUUAUCCACCUCCACCUGCUGCAAGAGACUUACUGCCUUCUGGCUCCAGAGACGAGCCUCCACCUGCCUCCCAGGGCAGUAGCCAGGACUGUUCACAGGCUUUAAAACAGAGCCCGUGACUCUGACCUCUAACGUGUAGUCUGAGAAAGUGGACUGUGCACUAUUCGUUACAGUAAAGGAUUUCAUUGGCUUCAAAAUCAAAAGUUUAUUUUAAAAGGUUUGUUUUUAGAACUAAGCUGCCCUGGCAGUGUGCAUUUUUGAGCCAAACAAUUGAAAAAUAUCAUUUCCCCCCUGAAUAAAAACCACCUCAUAAGCUAGAGCCUCCUUACAACUUUGAAAUGUGCAAUAAAGAAUACCUGUGUUUUAGUUAAUGUAGCGUAUGUAAUUGCUAAAUGAUUUAGAAUGUCAUGAAAAAUAUGAACAUUUCCUGUGGAAAUGCUAGAACAUGUAUUUCCAUUUACUAUCCUAUUUUUAGUGUACACCAGUUGAACACAGAGCAAUGGUGUUUAUUAGCUUGGUUUUUUAAAAUACUGGUCGCAAAGACUGUUAUGCUAAAAAUGUUUACUAAAAGAUCACUAAAUUUUCUCUCCCUUCUUGCUGAAGUUCUUUGUAGUAAUAGUUCAUAAAAAUUUGGUUAUUAGUA